AUGAUAAAAAAGCUGAUUUUACUCGGAGCUGAUGUGAAUAGAAAGAAUUUUUUCAAUAACACACCUCUUCACGAAAUUGCUAGAGAUGACAAAAAUUUAGAUUUAGUAAAGUUUCUUAUUGAACAUGGCGCUAAUGUUAAUGCAACUGAUGAUGAUGAAGGAUCUACUCCGCUUCAUAUUGCGGCCACAAAUGGUUGCAAGAAAAUGAUUCGCCUGUUGAUAUCACAUGGAGUAGAUAUCAAUUCGAAAGAUAGGGAUGGCAAAACAUGUCUUCAUUGGGCAGCUAUUAAUAACAAGAAAGCCAUGGCAGAAUUUCUCAUUUCUCUGGGCGCAAAUGUCAAUGCAAAGGAUAGCGAAGGCUUAACUCCACUUCAUUUGGCUACAAUGAAUAAUAGCACAAAAGUUGCAAAAUGUCUUAUUGCUCACGGUGCUGACAUCAAAGCUAAAAAUGAUUAUGGAAAAACACCUCUGUUUUGUUCCAGAAAAUUCAAGAGACCUAAAAUGGCUGAUAUCCUCAUAGAAAAUGGGGCAAAAAAGAGAGGUAAAUCUAAAAAAUAG